AUGAUAAUAUCACCAGGUACAAGCAGUGGUCGUCCAAUUGGUACAGCUACUCGCUUAACAACAGCAAGUGGACAACGUCCUUCAAGUCGAGGUGGUCCACUUGGUUCAAACAUGAGAAUUAAAGUUGAAGAUGCACCUAUGGUUCGAGGUGGAUUAGGUGGUAUUCACAAUGCAGGAGGAUUAGGUGGUCGUGCAGUACAAGAUCGAACAUAUUUUGUUGGUCUUGUUCGAUCAAAAGUAUCGGAUCUUGAAUCAGAAAUUCAACGAUUACAACGUGAAACUGAUUCAUUCACUGAAGAUAAUAAACAAUAUUUUGCAUUAAGCAAAGCUGCUGAAGAUUCAUCACAACAAAUUGAAAAUUUACGUAAUGAGCUAGGAGAUUAUAAUAUGGUCAUCGAUCGAUUACAAACAACAGGCGAAGUAGCUGAAUUAAAAAAAGAAAUUGCAGAUUUAAAUGCUCAUAAUCAUCAAGUUGAAUCUACUAUUGAUGAAAUUUAUCUUGAAAAGCAAAGAAAAGAGCAACGAAUUCAAAAACUUGAUCGUGAUCUUGCUGAAGAGAAGAAAAAAGCUGAAAGACUUUUAGAUAAUAUGAAUCCUGAAUAUAAACAACGUUACGCUAAAAUAAAAGCAACAUCAAAUCAACUUCAACAGCAAAUGGAUUCAAUGCAACAUGAAAUUUCCACACUUGAUGGUCAUAUGAAUAAAAUGCGUGAUCAAAUGUCAGGCGCCGUUAUUAAACAAGAAGCAUUAACAUUAGUUGAACAAAUAUAUGAACUUGAAUUAAAACGUGAUCAAUUAACUAAUGAAAGUAAAAAUAUUCUAACACCUGAACAAGAACGUCAAAAAUUAACACAACAAGUUAAAGAAGAUAAUCAAGAACUAGUUGCUAUGGAUAAACGAAUAAGUGAAUUACGUGAACGAAAUGAAAAUCUUAAACAAUCCUAUGAACAUGAUGAUAUACAAGCAUCAUUAUUAGUUCAACAACAAAAUAAAUCUUCAACAACAGUUGAUGAUGAAACAAAACAAAAAUAUCUUGAAUUAAAAAAACGUGAACAACAUAUUGAUGAAUUUUUUUUAACAUAUGAACAAACACGUGAACAAUAUUUAAAUGAUAUUAAAAAUAUUCAAAAAACAAAUUUAACAUUAUUAGCAUUAAUUAGUCGUACACUUGUUAAAGGUGAUCAAGCAUUAACACGUGAUGAUUAUACACAAUUAAAAACAAAUGUUGAUCAUCAUGAAGCUGAAAAGAAAAAAUCUCAUGAUACAUUAGCUAUAUUAGCUGAACAACAUCGAAAAGUUAAACAAGAUUAUGCAAAAGUUGAAACACUUGAUCAAAAAUUAACAGAAGAACUUCAAGAAUUAAAAAAACAAUAUGCAAAAAUGCAAGAAGAUUUAGAAAAAUUUAAUGAUUUAGAAGGAUUAAAAAGAAAAGCUGAAAAAAGAAAAUUACAAUUAGCUGCUGAUAAAAGUAAUAUGGGUAAACAAAGACAAGUUACGAAAAUUGAAAUUCAAACUUUACAAUCACAAUUCGAAGCUGCACAAACACAAUUACGUGAUAAUGAAACACAUCAACAACUUGUUGGUCUUGAGAAAAAAUUACAAAGUGUAUCUCAAACUUUGUUUGGUCUUGAUGAAUCUCUUGCUUCUCAAAAUGCUCAAGGACAAUACGAGCAAGUUAAACGUCAAGCAUUAGAACUCGUUCAAGCACAUAAUCGUUGGCUAAUCCAACAUUAUCAAAAUUCACCAAUCGCUUAA